CGACUUUCAAAAGUUCAAUGACAAGCAGAUGUGUUCGAUUUCAUUGGUCGAUCAAUUUCUUACUCCAUUUUCCAGACGACUGUAAGUCCGUUUUCAUUGCGAGCAGCGAAUGAAUGAACUCGAGUAAAUACAAAUUCGGAGUGAGUCGCAUUCGCAGCGCUGAAUGCACCGUGCAGACCGCUUCAAAAUUCGACCUUAUAAAAGCACGUUUAACUUCGGCUAAAGGUAAAUCACCCCAUCUGUGCUUAAUUGAGCAAUAUAAACAGUGGCGGCUUUGCAUCAUUCGAACAUGAGAUAAGAAUUUUCUUUUGGGUGUAAAAAUUGUAACAUUCUGCUGCGAUAUGGAAAUCGAAGCACCGUCAGGACCAAAUGUCACUUUGUGCCAAAUCUGUACAGAAAACCAAAGCCUCUAUGUCUGUCCAAAAUGCACAAUCAAUUAUUGUUCACUAAAAUGCUACCAAUCUGAAGCUCAUUUAGAAUGCUCUGAGACAUUUUACAAAAAUUGUGUAGAAGAAGAAUUACAAUCUCAACAAUGUGAUGCAGAAUUGAAACAGAAAACUGUAGAUAUGUUGCAAAGGAUAUACAAUGAAGAUUGUUCCUUAAAUGACUUUUUGGAGGGAGAAGGUGAUGAAUCUGAUUAUGAAGCAGAUCUUGACUCUGAUGAUGAAAAUCUACCAUCACUUGAAAAACGUUUGGAAAAUGUAAACUUAAACAAUGCCGAUGAACUGUGGUCUGCUUUGACCACUAGUGAAAAGCAAGAAUUCGAGGCUUUAAUUCACAGUGGAGAAGCAUCAAAAUUGUUGCCAGCAUGGAAUCCAUGGUGGACCUACCACCAUAAAAAGCCAUUAGUUGAAGAUUUGAGCAAAAAAGAGGUACCUCAAUCUUAUAUUGGUAAUUGUCCUUCAAUUUUGGAUGUUCCAGCAUGGGAGUCAGUAUCUAAAGCUUCACCUUUUUUGAGAUUCAACAUUAUCAACACUCUAUACGCUUAUGCAUUUGAUGUUUUAUACUUUAAUGGUGAACAUCACACAGCUCCAUUGGAUGCAAUGUACAUAUUUUUACAUACCUGUGAAACUAUGAAGAUAGACAGGGUAUUUAAAAAUUCUAGUUCUGCAGUUGAAAGUGUUUUACUUGCAAUAACCAAUUGCGAAAGUUUUUCUGGUGACCAGGAAACAAUCAUGGGUACCAAAGCUGCAGGAGAUGCUAUUUUAAAUGGACCUGAUGCAGAAAAUAAAUCAUUUUAUUGUCUUUCUGCAUUAUCAGAUCUCCAUCAACUCAUAAAUGAAGCAAAGAAAGAAUUAACAACAAAACUUCAAAAACCUUUGUCUGAUGAGUUCAAAAAUAAAUUUCAAACUCAUAUAGAUUUAGGGUCUUUUCAAAUUACAAGGAAAAACUUAUCUCUAUAUAUGAAAAAAAUUGAGUUUUAUGUAGGAUGGUUAAAGUGUAAAGGUCAGAUGUAUGACAUUACUGAAGGAGACACAAUUUAAUUUAUCUGCUUUUAAAAUGUAAAUAAAAUGUGAUAUACUGUAUGCAUUUAAAGUA